CCUACCAUACAAAAAAGCAUGAUACUACUGGAUAUACUUCUUUUCAAUUACUAUAUGGAAAGCAGGCUACUCUUCUAAUCAAAACUAUUCUGCCUAUACAAGAAACAGAAACUGAUGAAAUUGAUCUACAAGGAAGUAUAUUACAACAAGCCUAUGAACUUAUUGACAAGCUAUCUACUGCUCACAAACAAGCUCAACAAAAUAUUGCCAAGUCACAACAAAAACAAAUUGCUUGGUAUACCAAGAAGUUCAAGUAUCAUAACUUCAAAGUAGGAGAUUUGGUUCUUGUUGCACACUCUGAUAUUGCUGCAUCAAGAUCAGUAAAGUUCGAAGAAAAAUUUAAAG